GACCAGCACGCAAGGGAUGAGAACAGGAGAUGGUGUUCAGGCAAACAAGGCCGAACUGGCCGAGGACAUUCCCUUUAUUUCAUUCAUACGCUUUAUCCCUUUUCUUAUCCAAAUCUCGCUCCACCCAGACUUCACUCCCCUCUCACUGCAACACUCAUAGCACACUAUCCACACUUGCUUUCUUUGCUUUGCCUUCCAGUACAGCCUCAUUUUAAAGCCUUGGAAAGCAGACAGACAGCAUUAAGGAAUCUCGAAUCUCAACUGGGUAUGGCAAUUACUGCAACGGCUAUGACUAUGACUGUCACUACGGGAUUACAGUUUGCUGGUUCUCUCAAUCAUAAACAGACUUCUUUUUUAGGAGUUCCCUUGAGGCUGUCAAUGUCAAACCCUCAGCCAUCUUUACCCUCUGUCUUCCUCAAUGUUCAAGCCAAAGCUCGCACCCGAACAGAAGAUCGUGAGGCCCGCCAUUCUCGCAUUAGGAAGAAGAUUGAAGGGACACCAGAUAGACCAAGACUGUGUGUCUUCCGUUCCAACAAGCAUCUCUAUGUCCAGGUCAUUGAUGACUCAAAGAUGCACACACUAGCUUCCGCUUCAACAAUGCAGAAACCGAUUUGUGAGGAGUUCAACUACACAUCGGGUCCUACCAUUGAAGUGGCGAAGAAAGUUGGUGAAUUCAUUGCAAAAUCUUGUUUGGAAAUAGGGAUCACAAAGGUUGCCUUUGACAGAGGUGGAUAUCCCUAUCAUGGACGUGUACAAGCCCUUGCUGAUUCUGCUAGGGAGCAUGGGCUUCAGUUUUAAAAGUUGUGCAGUUAGCAUUCUUUUGAACUUUGUCGCUUUUCCUUGUUUCGUUUUGUAACUUUCCUUUUAUUGUUUUUCCAAAUCCUUUUACUAAAACAGCAUGAAGAACGCUCUUUCGUAUCAUCUCUAGAAGUGUAUUUGAUGACUUUUUUGCUUCUCUCAUGAGCUCAUUGUUGGAACCUGAAGUUAAAAAAAUACUUUAAAGAAAA